AUGCGCGUCGGCGAUCGCGCGCGCGACGCGCGAUUGCGAACGCUCGUUCGCGUCGCCCUCGCGCUGUUCGCGCUCGCGCCGAGCCCGCGCUCGAGCGCGAGCGCGCCGGGAAGCGAAGCCGCGGGCGCUCGGGGCGCGCGCGCGCGCGACGCGCGACGCGCGCUCGGCGUGCGAACGACCGAGGCGGCGCACGACGACGCGCUCACGGCGUGGAACGCGAGCGAUGAGAGCAUCGUGAGCCCGCUGCGGUGCCAGCGACGGGCGGUGUUCGGGGAGUGCGUGCAGGAGGUCGGGUGCGGGUGGUGCGACUCGCGCGACGUGGACGGACACAACCCGACGUGCUACUCCUUGCUCGACGCCGCGCUGUGCGUGUCGCAUUUGCCGCCGGUGAUGAACGCGCCGCGAGUGGUGAACGCGGUGACGAAUGAGAUUGAGAUACCGUGCGAUCCGAGGUGCGCGGCGAUUGGGAACGCGGAGCACUGCGCGAAAGCGGACGGCUGCGGAUGGUGCGCGGCGUCGUCGACGUGCAUGAGCGGAAGCGUGUAUAACGGACCGUGUAGAACGUGUGCGUAUAAUUGGACGUACAGUGCGCCGACGCCGACGUGCGUGGGGGCGAUGACUGGGGAUGGGUGCGCAACGUGCGGGUGCGAGAAUAACGGCGUGUGCGCGGCGACGAGCAAGGAGUGCAUUUGCCCUGAUGCCUUCACGGGUAGUCUGUGCCAGUUCAACACCACGACGAACAACGGUCGGGACGCGUGUAAUGGACACGGGACGUGGGACGCCACGGCGAAGGAUUGCGUGUGCGAUCGAGGAUGGGUGGGCGUCGGGGACAAUCGGUGCAAAUUUUCGUGUUCGCCGUCGGUGGAUUGCAACGGUAACGGCUAUUGCUCCGAGCGAGAUGGCACGUGUGUGUGCGAUUUAGGGUUCGCCGGAGAGUCAUGCUCGUGCCUGUCGCAAUCUUUGGUGAGUUAUCCUUAUCCGGACGCGUUGUUGAACACGAACAAGACGGGCUGUUGCCCGUAUAGUUACAUUGAAUGUCCAUCGGGGUCGCUGAACGCCGGACAAUGCGUGAUAGCGCCAGCGGAUACGACGAAGUGUCCGGUAGAGAGCAGAGACGAUGGGUUUUUGGUGUUCCUGGGGUUGCUGUUGUUUUUCCUAGGCAUGUACUUAUCGGCCGCGAUCAUCGCGGCGAUUUCAGGACAUCCAGACCCGACGUGCACCGUGGUGGUCCGAUUGCCCACUAUCGUGCGGUUGCGAGAUUCACUUUUCAUGCGAAACAUCGAUGACGUGAACGAGAUGCAGACCAUUAGCUUGACUUGCAAGUUGACGGACAACUUCCAAAAGGUGAAGCGAAUGGUUUGUCGGCGCUUGAAACAUCAGCCGGAUCCGGACAGCGUGGAUUUGUUCUAUUUGGGAUGUCUCGUCGAUCCUGGUUGGCGCUUAGGCGAUGGAAUCAACGUUGCACAGACGUGUCACGUGCACCUGAAGCUUCGCGGCAACCAUGAGACGCACAAGUACACGUCAAAGAAGAAGGCACUGAAGCGCUUGCGUUACAUCUUCAGCGACAACGUCAUCAUCUUCUGCCUGUAUUUCUUCUUCAUACUUUCGUUAUCGCUCUGUGCGUCGACUUGGUCGUGGGAUAGAAAGAAUGAUUCGGGGAUUCCAUCACCACCGCCGCCACCAUCACCCACGCCCUUUAGUCCGCCACCGUUCCCACCGCCACCCAGCCCGCCGCCGUCGCCUGCGUAUCCACCACCGCCACCAGCGGCAUGGAUUGAUUUACUGAACGCGCAAAACACGGUGAACACGAAUGCAACGUUCGGGACGGACUCCACGUUCAUCGGCGCAGAUCAAGUAGGACACAUACCGACGGACAUACUAGCAUUAGAAUCGAUUACGGUGACGUACGCGACGCAGUUGGCGGUGACGAGCAACUCGUCCGGAAACGUAGUCAACUUUUACACGUACGAAGAUGGGCCUCUCUGGCAGCGAGAGCUCCCUUUGUUCACGAGUCGCUCGGGUAUUCCGUUUGUGGCGAACAUAUUCACCGUCUGUGAUCCUCGGAAAGCAGUCGAGGCUACUUUCCAAGUCGAGAUGAACGCCGGAUACGGCGUCGUGUCGUAUCAACCCAAACCGAAUGAAAACGGCGUAGACGUAUUCACCUUUCGCGGAACGGUUGAAUAUACCGUCGCACAAGCGCUCGGUCUCGACACCGAUGGCACAGUCGAUUGUAGUCCCGCCGUGCUGGCGUUGUACGACAAUAGCUGCACGACGGAUAUCAAGGAGGCGCGAGUGGAUAUCGCGAAACGCAACGACGCACCAGUCGCCGCGGGCGGUGAGCAAAUAUUGAGCUACGAGUCAACGGCUGAUAUUAUUCCAAUGCGUACGCAGGUUGAUGCGACCGCGACGGGCAGCAAGUUGAGCCGCCCUAUGACGGCGACUGAUAUCGACGGCGACAGACUCACGUGGACAAUUCGUCAACAGCCGGCGCACGGAACCCUCGAGCUUCCGGCCGGUCCCGUCGCUUAUUCGUCGACGUUCGAGUAUAUACCAGACAUUAAUUUUACUGGGUAUGAUUAUUUCAUUUACAGUGUGGAUGACAGUUUGGAUAACACGCCCGAUACGACUUUGUACGACGUGGCCAGCGUCGUCGUAGCCGUCGGAUCCGCCACCGGAAAGCCCGUCGGCGUAGUCUCGCACUAUUGGGUGGAUGAAGAUACGACAAUGACGGGUCGAUUCGGGCGAACGAUCAUGGCUUCGGAGUAUGCCGGCACUUUAACUUACACCGUAACGAAUGCGGGCGUGCAGAAUGGCACCGUGACAAAGCUGUGCAAUGACGUGGAGGUGCAGUAUUGGUGGAAUUGUUCUGUCAACACUGAUGACGGAAAUCUCAAUUUUCAGUACUUCAACUAUACGCCGAGCGCGAAUUUCACCGGGACCGACAGUAUUGAGUUCUCUAUCGUGUCCAGUUACGACUCGACUCUCGCGGCGUCCGCCUCAGUCAACGUGACGAUCAGACCUGUGAAUGACCCCCCAUUUUUGGCAAACAUGGAGGUGAACGCGGUGAUGAAUAGAGACCGAGCGGCGGAUGACUUAGGAGAUGCAGAUUUGACCCCGAUUACGUUUUCGCCUUACGACGUCGACGCUGGUCCAUACUUUAGACUUUUCUUGACGUGGAAACCGAUCGUCACACAAAGCGAUUGGGCGACGCGUAGGAGAGGUCGAUGGUACAAAUCAAUCGACAGAUUUGGACGACCGGUGGACGAAAUUACGGCAGCAACGCUCGAUCAGGUUGGUCUGCUGAACAACGGGACAUCGAUCACGCUUUAUUAUUUGGCGCCGCCAUUACUCUACGGAUUCUUUCCGUCGACCACGUUGGUUCGGCAGAAUCCUUUAGAGAAGUACGCGAUUCGCGUAGUCGACGACGGCAGCCUGGUGAGUGCGGAGGCAACAUUGAAUAUUCAUGUUGGUUGUGCGCUAGGUUACACAACAGAGUCAGCAAGCGCCGUUGGUGAUGCGUCAAACGCAAAGACUUACGGCACGUGCACGAUUUGUCCGCUUGGUCAAGUCACCGACGCCAUCAACUCGCACACCUGUCGUGCCUGCCCGGUGGGUAUGGCUGGCGGAACCGUGCAACGAGGCUUCUGUACCCGAUGCAGCAAUGGGUAUUAUUCCGACACCCCGGGACUUGAAACUUGCAUUUCAUGUCCCGCUGGGAGUACCUCUGUUCAAGGCGCAACGUCAAGGGACCAAUGUUUCUGCAACAUCGGUUGGUACGGCGUGCCGGGAUAUUGCUUUCCUUGCCCAGAGUACAGCGACUCCUACGGAGCGCCCGAACGUUGGACGUAUUGUGCUGAGACGAAUCUCACGGUGCCUUAUCCGCAGCCUGGUUUCUACGUCGUGUCUCCUGAAACGCGCUCGUACAAGCAACCCAUCUCCAUGCGACAGUGCUUCCCCCAUAAGGCGUGUCCCGGUGUGAAAGGCAUCGCUGGCUCGGCGCAAGUGGACGCCAUCGCCGCGGGCGGAUCGAGUGCGGAUGCCGUGCAGUGCGCAGAGGGAUAUGUUCACGACGCGUGUGAGACGUGUGUUACGGGCUACUACCGUCUCAAUGGUCAGUGUUUGAAGUGCGGAUCUGCUUUGGGGCACACGCUGUAUGGUGCGGGCGUCGGCUUGGUGAUGCUUUCGGCGAUUUUGAUGCCCUGGCUCAUCGACGAGCAGAGCUUUCGAUACAUCGUCUAUUGUCGUAUAUUAUCGCUCGUUGUGUUUCUGCAAGAAGUUGGGAUUAUUGGGAGAUACAAUCUUGGCUGGAACGAUUAUCCCGGCUUGACUUUGCUGCUACAGCUAUGCUACAUACUGCAGCUCAACCCCGAAGUCAUCGGCCUCGAAUGUUUGACUGAAUACGAUUUUGUGGCACGCUGGAACUCAUUAAUGGCCAUGCCGGCGAUUGGACUUGCGCUGAUGUACGGCAUCGCACAGCUGUACGCCUACAUUUGGGGUAAAUUUUACAUCAAAACGCAGCCGAGUGUCGAGGUGGUUCGCAACGGUCAAAGGCGAUGGGUUUUAAUGCUUCGAAGUAUUUUGAACGUCAUUCAAAUUACUUAUGUCGCCGUCAUCAUCGCGACAUUUGACUUUUUCAUAUUUCAUCGUUCAGUGACGGACAAGUUUGGGUACAUUCGUGCGCAGCCGAACUUGCGAUUCGGAUAUUUCUCAUCGACGACUGGAAGCACGAAAUGGCAACAGCUGUUCCCGCUCGCCUUGAUCGCCCUGCUUCUGUACCCGAUCGGUUUCUUUGCCAUCAUGUAUUGGGUAAUAAAGUACGCCAUGGGAGGAUGGGAAAAGCUGUGGAAACGAGAUUUGAUUGGAUUUGCAACGUUCCAGUUCACAGAUGACUACGUUUGGUAUCGUGUGAACGAGAUGGCACGAAUAUUGGCGUUGUGCUUGAUUCAACUUCUAGGCUACGAGCUCAGAAAUGGCAACGGUGUCGUGCAGGCGCUCACCGCUCUACUCGUAAUAUCUGUGUCGUUCGCGACCGUCAUUUUGCGACCUUUUAAAACGAGCGAAGCAAAACGGUAUCUUGGCUUACAUUUGCUCGCCAUGGUGCUCGUACUGAUGCUUUCAGUCAUUUCAAUAGCGCCGGUGUCGUACAUCAUCAACCAAAGGACAAAGGACAACGCCAGAAAUGCCGUGUGGCAAACCAUUGCGGUGGCUGUCUUUGUUUUCUGCGCAGGGAUUUUUUACGAAGCCUAUAGCAGCGCGGAAUGGUUCAAGAGAGCUGACUGGCACCUUCGACGGGCCUACAAGAAUUUUAUCGCUCGUGUCAUCAGUAUUGUCGUGAGUGAGCACCGCUCAUCGCAGUGGCUACGCGAACGCAAGUGGGUCGAAUGGAAACCGACACUUUCGCUGCUCAACCCCAGUGCGGGCGCGAUUCUUCAGCUUGAGUCCGCGGAAGGUGAUCAAGGAUUGUAUUUCAGUGGUAAUUUCGACAUGCACCUGCGAAUGGAAUUCGCUCGAGGAAUUCGCUCGCUCUGGCGACACAAGACUGUGGAGACCAUUCUGGGUACCCAUGACGACAGAGCCAAAUCUUUCUACAAGAUGCUCUCGCGCCCGGUGCGUCAAAGCCUGAUUCGCGCCGCGGCGGUGGACAAUCGGGACAUGAAUCGACAAGUGCAACUCUUCAUCGAGAAUAAGAUGAUUCAAAAGAGAUACAACUUCUAUCGCAAGUUUUACAGACAGGCUCAAAAAGAUUUACGCGGCGUCUCAGGCGCUCACAACCCGUCGGUCGAACGCUUUUUACUUCGAGACUCCACUCUCGCCCGUGCGAAGUCGCACGCUACGCAAGAGAAAGAGAAGGAGGACGAAGAGAAGCAACUCGCUGAGUAUGAGGUACUUCAACAAGCUGACAACGUUCGAAGAGCCUUUCAAACGGAUGUGAACGACGCGGCAGACUUGGACCAAGAGGAGCUCUUUUUCCAAACAUCCGAAGUCAGUGGACGCACGCACUUUGUUCGGUUCCAGGGUUACUUUGGUGAUAUUCACCCUGAUUGGGAUGCUUACGAUGAAAGUCUCGCAAAAGCGAAAGCAGAGGCGCAGGAUGAAGACGGUGACGUGUUGCCGUGGCACCUUGACCUCGACGACGUCUACGACGAUUUCUGUUGCCUCUGCGAAUGCGAGCCCGGAGAGCGCUGCGCUCGUCACGGCAACUUGUACGUCGUCAUCCAGCAAGACGACGAAGAGGUGUCGCGAAUUAAACAAGAGCGAGAACGACACUUCCGUACGAGAGAAACCAUCAUCAUUCAGGAAGAAGACCCGGAUCGAUCGAGAGAUUUAGGAUGGAACGUGUACGUCCCCGUUCGUCUCAAGGAGGAAGUCUCAAGCGUUCACACCAAGCUCGCCACAGAAUUGCGAGACAUGCGCGAUCGGGGCGAGUUCGCAGGUGAAGACGAGCUUCCUGCUGUCACUGGAAGUAAAUUUGAUAUCUCGCACAAAGGCAAGCUGCUCGACACUCACAACACAGUGAAGCUCGAGAAUCUUCAAUGGAAGGCGGAGGUGCAGCUCGAGAACCGCCGCGGUAAUUUGGCCAAGACGACAGCGUGGUUGAUUCUUCAAGAUGACCCAGAAGAGGCAAGGGAUCCCGAUGAAGAUGAACGAAUGUACGCUCGACCGGAUAUUGAAGAAGGGCCAGUGUUGGCGCAACCGGUGCUCCAAUCUAAUCUUGUUCACGAAAAUCCGGAAAUGACGGUGCUCGACUUGCGCAGAAUGCUUGCGGACAGCAAUUCAAAACCUCUUGAACGAACGAUUCUGCGUUACCGCAACAAUGGUAAGGAGCUCAUCCAAGAUGCCGCUCCGCUUACUCGCAAGGGUAUCAGCAAACCGAACCAUGUGCUGACUUCUUUCGAGCCCGAAGAUGGCAACUAUUACGUCUGGAGCGAGAUUCGCAAUCACUGGACAUUUUUGGAGGGUUUGUUCAAAACAUACGCGUCGAUUCCGUCUGGUCCGAGUGACAACGAAACGCGCGUCGGUGCGGAUGAUCACUUGCUCAUGUCUUACCGUCAGUUCAUGUACCUCAUCUCGAGUUGCAAGAUUGAGGACAAACUACCGAACUCGCAGUACAAUCAGCUCUCAGCCGUCGUUCGAUCGGUAUUCGAUACCGUCAAGGCGCCCGAGCUUCUCGCCAAGUGUCUCACACUCGAUCGAGAGACUGGCUCAGUUGAAGGAUCGCUAUGUCCGAGCGAAGGUCCGAGGUUGGAGCUGCGUAUCAAGCACGCUUGGGGAAUGCACCUGGAUGAAUUCCUCACUUCCCUCGUCUUCAUGGCUUGGAUCAUCUACGGUCAUCGCGUGCCAUUGACAGAUAGAGGCGUCGCUCGCGCAACGCGCUGGCUGAUUGAACGCAUACUUCGCCCUAAGGCGCAUCAUAUCGUCGAAGCAUACGAAGCACAAGCGAGAUUUGCGACGGCUAUGAAGAAGCAAGGCAAAUCGUCUGACGAGGACAUCCGCGCUGUGAGCACUGUGUACAAGGCUUUCACCGACAAGGAUGGCAUGGGAGUGAUGGAGUUCAAGGCUGCAACAAUGUGGGCCGUCGGUGCCGAGAGUCCAUUGAACAAGUUUGGUGAAUUGGUCUUCCGAACCUACAGCGAUUUCUCAACGUCGACUCCUGAUUGGGUGUACCACGGCGCUCGACAUGGCUGGGUGCACGCCAUCGAUGAAAAACCUGACGGGUACUUGUGCUGCCAAGGGAGCCGGCUGGACGCGAAGAAGUUUAUGCUCGCGUUUGGCGAUUUCUGCUUCCGCGCGAAUCCAACCGUAAAGCCAUCGGAAGCGCUUCAAGCACAAUUCAAACAAGCACAAGAGAGAAAACCGCUCGCGGAGUCGCCGAGUGUGCAUGCGGUGCUCGAAGAGCCGAGCGAUGAGUUGGCGCGCAAGAACCUCGUCAUGCCGGAUUCGCGCUGCUCCAUCUGCGGUAUGACGGAUCAUGAAGCGCCAAAUUGUCCUCGCAAAAAGGAUGUCAACUGUCCAAAUUGCGGAAUCACCGUAGAGCCGCCGAAUAAAAUCGUCAUCGGUCCGGAUGAUUUGGAAUAUUGCAACGAGUGCUUGCGGGAGGAUGUACCGGAAGACGAGCCGUUCGUGUGCCCGAACUGCGAGACGCCGUGCGAGCCCGAAGAAGUCGCGAUCAGCGACGUCGACGGCAAGAAACACUGCCCGCGUUGCGCGCCGGAGCCGUUCGUGUGCCCGAACUGCGAGACGCCGUGCGAGCCCGAAGAAGUCGCGAUCAGCGACGUCGACGGCAAGAAACACUGCCCGCGUUGCGCGCCGGAGCCGUUCGUGUGCCCGAACUGCGAGACGCCGUGCGAGCCCGAAGAAGUCGCGAUCAGCGACGUCGACGGCAAGAAACACUGCCCGCGUUGCGCGCCGGAGCCGUUCGUGUGCCCGAACUGCGAGACGCCGUGCGAGCCCGAAGAAGUCGCGAUCAGCGACGUCGACGGCAAGAAACACUGCCCGCGUUGCGCGCCGGAGCCGUUCGUGUGCCCGAACUGCGAGACGCCGUGCGAGCCCGAAGAAGUCGCGAUCAGCGACGUCGACGGCAAGAAACACUGCCCGCGUUGCGCGCCGGAGCCGUUCGUGUGCCCGAACUGCGAGACGCCGUGCGAGCCCGAAGAAGUCGCGAUCAGCGACGUCGACGGCAAGAAACACUGCCCGCGUUGCGCGCCGGAGCCGUUCGUGUGCCCGAACUGCGAGACGCCGUGCGAGCCCGAAGAAGUCGCGAUCAGCGACGUCGACGGCAAGAAACACUGCCCGCGUUGCGCGCCGGAGCCGUUCGUGUGCCCGAACUGCGAGACGCCGUGCGAGCCCGAAGACGUCAUCAAGGUCGACGGUGGGCAAUUCUGUCCGAAAUGUUGGUCGCCACAGCGAAAACGCUCAAUCCCCACGUGUCCGAAUUGCGACGCACCGUGUACGUUGAACGAUAUCAUCACGGGUCCAGGCGGGAAGGAUUACUGCCCGCGGUGCGUACCCGAGGAAGAACCUGAGAUGGACGAAGCGCCAAGACAAGCUUCGUCCAAGGCGCCGGCGCCCUUCGAGUGUCCGAACUGCUCGCGUGAGAUGGAACCGGAGGACGUCAUGCCCGGUCCAGACGGCAACGUCUACUGCGCCGAGUGCUUCCCCGACGAAGCACUCGACGAUGACAUCGACGAUGAGGACUACCCGUCCGCUCCGGCGUUCACCAAACCCAAAAUUGAGAAGGCGCAACGCCAACGCGUCGCUCGCGUUCGCAAGGUGACCAAGAGGCGCGUCGACGACGACGCGCCCAUCGCCAAACCACGCGCUUUCACCCCAUCUUCGCCACCGCCGCCAAAGCCCGAGCGCGAGCGCAUCGCUCGAGUCCGCAAGGUCACCACGACCGUCGUCGACGACGAAAGCGUCGCCCGACCUCGCGCGUUCGCGCGCGCUCCCAGCCGAGCCGAUCGCGAGCGCGCCGAAGCCGCCUCCUCGGCGUCCCGUCUGGGCAAAUUUUUCGGCUUCGGCGGCGCUUCGUCCUCGACCGCGCGCGAAUAAAAUACAUUAUUUCUCGCCCACAUCGCGCGUUUCGCGCCCUUAG